CUAUGUACGGAGAGAGGAACUUGUCGAGACCAUUCCAUGACAGACACCGGAAAACGUAUUCAGUUAGUGAAAAUGUUGUGUCUCACGGUUAUUCCAAUCCUUGGACUUUGGGGCUUCACCUUCUAUACUUUAACUGACACCAUCAGCAGGAAAACCGCCAACGAAAAGACGAAGAAGGAGUUAAAAUUGAGUGUGGAAUUGGGCAAUCUGAUCCAUCAUCUACAACAAGAAAGAGAUAUGAGUGUGUUGUAUCUGAGUGCUUUGGGUCCGGAAACGAAGACCUUCUUGCUUACAGACUAUCUGGAGACGGACAAGGCCAUUUAUGCUCUGAGUGACUGGCCUUCCAACUUAGAUAAUGAGAAAAGGAUGGAGUUUGAGUCACAGGAUAAACUACAGGAAUACCUGUCCCGACACCGUCAACUCCUCAGUAAAACCCAUUACAACAUCAACAACGAACUGGACUUCUACACUAACAUCAUAGAUGUCGUCAUUAUCUGGUUGUACAAGGCAAUCACACAGGGCAAGUUCGCCGUGGUUUGGAAAACAUUAGUGGCCUACCUUAAACUAACUAGCGGCAAGCAGGACAUAGGCAUUGAGCGAGCACUUGGUACUCUCUACUAUGUACAGGGAGGAUUUCAGUCGCACGACUACUUCGAAAUGUACAACAACCGUAUCAACAGGUUUCGUGCGUUCUAUACAACAGCCGAACUCUACUCGACUCGAGUUGACCGUCUUUACUCGUCCGGUGUGAAAGAAGUCGGCACCAAUAUAACAGGUGUGAUAAACAACUUCCGGUAUGAGAUUCAGCACCAGCAGAUGGGGACAGUUUGGGUUCCUAAUAUGCAAGAAGCGCGCUAUUGGUUUGACAACAUGACGCUCUACCUUGACACACUACUGGACAUCCAGCGUGACCUUGGUUAUGAGAUUAUCGAUGGCCUAAAUGUCGUUAUCGACGAAAGUACCCGAGAUUUGUCGAUUAGUGCGUCAUUCCUGGCGGUAGUGCUUAUCAUGUGUCCUCUUGUAAUUUUUGCCACCGAGAACUUAACAAGCAGUAUCCAAAAAUAUGCUCUUACUCUUGUCGAUAAAACACGAGAGUUGAUGGAAGAAAAGAAGAAAACAGAUUCACUUCUUUACCAAAUGGUUCCAAAGCCUGUAGCAAAUAAACUACAGAAAAACAUACAAAUUGUUGCUGAAUAUUUUAAUUCAGUUACAAUUAUGUUUUCGGAUAUUUACGGAUUUGCCCGAAUCUCAACGGAAUGUUCUCCAAUUGAGAUUGUGGAUCUUCUGAAUAAUCUGUAUCGGACAAUAGAUGACUUGCUAGAUGACUACAACGUAUACAAGGUCGAGACUAUCAAUGAUUGUUACAUGGUCGCCUCAGGGAUCCCGACAAAGAACGGAAAGGAGCAUGUGUCAGAGGUGGCAAACUUCUCUCUCGCACUUCUCGCGCUUGUCCAGUCCAAAAAGUUCGUCGUCUCCGGAAACGGAAAUAUUCAACUACGAAUAGGAAUCAAUACAGGUCCAUGUAUGGCAGGAAUAGUGGGGUCGAUCUUACCAAGAUAUUGUCUAUUCGGUGAUACUGUAAAUACGGCAUCCAGGAUGAAAUCUUACGGAAUGCCUAGCCGGAUUCACAUCAGUUAUAGUACAGCCAGCGCUCUCAUCAAAACUCGGAAAUAUAUCACCCGUAAAAGAGGAAACAUAACGAUAAAGGGAAAAGGCGAGAUGAAAACAGUGUGGUUGGUUGGCAAAGUGGGAGAUGAAGCGAAGUUCUUCAAUCCAAGUGUUCCAGAUGAUUGUUUGGCCCAAUCAUCCAUGGAAGCUUCAAAUGAAGUUCCCGGCGAAAUAUUUCAACAUUACAACCACAGCUUCUUUUCUAGUCUACCAAUUCCACGCCUGGGUAGAAUGUCUCAACGGGACAAGGUGAUGGCACGAGUGACGGCAACAUCAACAUCAUCUCGUGUGGCGGAAAAGUCUGAUGAUCUCAAGAAGAGAAAGGACAUGAUGCCUCCACAGUUAAUUGAUGAGAUGAGUCUUCAUGAGGCGGACAACUAA